GCGCGAUGGAGGCCGAGUGCGGGAGCCCGUGGGCGCUGGGGCUGCUGCGCACCUUCGAAGCGGGCGAGUUCAAGGGCUGGGAGAAGGUCGGCUCAGGCGGCUUCGGGCAGGUGUACAAGGUGCGCCACGUCCACUGGAAGACGUGGCUGGCCAUCAAGUGCUCACCGAGCCUGCAUGUCGACGACAGGGAGCGCAUGGAACUCUUGGAAGAAGCCAAGAAGAUGGAAAUGGCCAAGUUCCGUUAUAUCCUGCCCGUGUACGGCAUAUGCCACGAUCCUGUCGGCCUCGUCAUGGAAUACAUGGAGACCGGCUCGCUGGAAAAACUGCUGGCCUCGGAGCCACUGCCAUGGGAGCUGCGUUUCCGUAUCACCCACGAGACGGCAGUGGGCAUGAACUUCCUGCACUGCAUGACGCCGCCGCUCCUCCACCUGGACCUCAAGCCCGCCAACAUCCUGCUGGACGCCCACUACCACGUCAAGAUUUCUGACUUCGGGCUUGCCAAGUGCAACGGGCUGUCGCACUCGCACGACCUCAGCAUGGAUGGGCUGUUUGGCACCAUCGCCUACCUCCCUCCAGAGCGCAUCCGUGAGAAGAGCCGGCUCUUUGACACCAAGCAUGAUGUGUACAGCUUUGCCAUUGUCCUCUGGGGAGUGCUUACACAGAAGAAGCCAUUUGCCGAUGAGAAGAACAUUCUGCACAUCAUGGUGAAGGUGGUGAAAGGCCACCGCCCUGAGCUGCCACCUGUCUGCAGACCCCGACCCCGCGCCUGCAGCACCUUGAUCCGCCUCAUGCAGCAGUGCUGGCAGGAUGACCCGCGUGCACGGCCCACCUUCCAAGAAAUUACGUCUGAAACCGAGGACCUGUAUGAAAAGCCUGACGAUGAAGUGAAAGAAACAACUCAAGAUCUAGAUGUGAAAAGUUCCCCCGAGCCCAAGAGUGAGGUGGUGCCCGUGUCCACGCCCCUCAAGCGUGCCUCAGCCCCACCGUUUGAUAACGACUGCAGCCUUUCAGAGUUGCUGUCACAGCUAGACUCUGGGAUUUCUCAGACCAUCGAGGGCCCGGAAGAGCUCAGCCGCAGCUCCUCAGAAUCCAAACUCCCCUCAACGAGCAGCGGCAAGAGGCUCUCGGGGGUCUCUUCAGUCGAUUCUGCCUUCUCGUCCAGAGGGUCGCUGUCCUUGUCUUUCGAGCGUGAGCCUUCAACGGGCGAUCUCGGCACUACAGACAUUCAGAAGAAGAAGCUGGUGGAUGCCAUCUUAUGUGGGGACACCAGCCGGCUGAUGAAGAUCCUGCAGCCCCAGGACGUGGACCUGGUCCUGGAGGGCAGUGCCAGCCUCCUGCAUCUGGCUGUGGAGGCUGGCCAGGAGGAGUGCGUCAAGUGGCUUCUACUCAACAACGCCAACCCCAACCUGACCAACCGGAAGGGCUCCACACCCCUGCACCUGGCUGUUGAGCGGAGGGUACGUGGUGUUGUGGAGCUGCUGCUAGCCCGCAAGAUCAGUGUCAACGCCAAAGACGAGGACCAGUGGACAGCCCUGCACUUCGCUGCUCAGAAUGGGGAUGAGGCCAGCACGCGGCUGUUGCUGGAGAAGAAUGCCUCUGUCGACGAGGCGGACUGCGAGGGCCGCACGCCUGUGCACGUGGCUUGCCAGCACGGCCAGGAAAGCAUCGUACGUAUUCUCCUGCGUCGCGGUGUGGACGCUGGCCUACAAGGCAAGGAUGCCUGGGUCCCACUGCACUAUGCUGCCUGGCAGGGCCACCUGCCCAUUGUGAAGCUGCUGGCCAAGCAGCCAGGUGUGAGCGUGAACGCCCAGACGCUGGACGGGAGGACGCCUCUGCACCUGGCUGCCCAGCGGGGACACUACCGUGUGGCCCGCAUCCUCAUCGACCUGCGCUCCGAUGUCAACAUCUGCAACCAGCUCUUGCAGACACCCCUGCACGUGGCCGCAGAGACGGGCCACACAAGCACCUCGCGGUUGCUCCUGCACCGUGGUGCCGAGAAGGAGGCGCUGACUGCUGAGGGCUACACUGCCCUGCACCUGGCCGCCCGAAAUGGACACCUUGCUACCGUGAAGCUGCUGGUGGAGGAAAAGGCUGAUGUGUUGGCCCCUGCGCCACUGGGCCAGACGGCCCUCCACCUGGCUGCUGCCAAUGGACACUCAGAGGUGGUGGAGGAGCUGGUCAGUACUGACAACAUUGACGUGUCUGAUGACCAGGGGCUCAGUGCACUGCACCUGGCCGCACAGGGCAGGCACGCAAAGACGGUGGAGGUGCUCCUCAAGCACGGCGCCCACAUCAACCUACAGAGCCUCAAGUUCCAGGGUGGCCAGCAGCUGGGCGGGUCACCUGGCCACAGCCCUGUGUCCACACUCCUCCGAAGAAGUAAGACCUAGCCUGCUCCUCACAGAGUCCAGGCAUCUGUGUGGGACUCUUGUCCCAUGGUUGUGUUCCGCUGCAGGGACAGAGCAGUGCCGCACUGGUGGGCUGUGUGUGCUUUGUCAGGGACUAGCUGAAACACUGGACAAGUGGGGACACACUCACGGGGCGAGAGAGCAUUGGGUGCAGUCAAGAGGGAGGUGGCCACACAGUGUCUCCAUAACAUGCCAGGCAUCUGUUUGGGCAUGCUACCCUCCAAAUGAAGUUGGUUGGAUUGCGCUUGACUGUUGACCCAUCUGCUGGUCAGCAGGCCUGGUGUUGGAAGGGAUGAUGGGUCGGAAUCAUUUCGUUGUGCUCCUGUUCCUAAGGGGCCCCUGAUGUUGGGUCCUUGGUGACAGAGUCAUGGGCAAGAUUGAGUGUGCUCUGUUGCGGAGAGGCACCACCUCUGGUUACUCAGGGCACACCACUAUUGGGGAGAAGAGAUGUAGAGGGACUGUGUCUUUUAUCUUCAUAUACAGUGGCAGGCAAAGAAGCCUGUUAUCAGAAAUUUUUAGCGGAAUUCUUGUUUUAUAAAAUGAUAGAUGAACAUGAUGUCAAUUCUUGCUUUAAACUUGUAAAGGUUCGUAACAUUGAAUAGUCUUGUCUGUAAAGAACAAGUAUGAGAAUAAGGUUGGUUAUUUUUUUAAAAAACGAUGAUCUCACUGACUCGUUUAUAUGCAGAUUUAUUUGUCCUUCAAAGUAGUCCUGUUGGUGACCAGGUACUUAUACUAAAAAGACUCCUUGCUGACGUUCACUUCUUGUUGCGCAAAACAUUUUUUGAGCUCUGGAGCCAAAUAUGUACUGUAUUUUUAUGCAGAUAAUGCCUGCCUUCUACAUUUGUUUAGCGUGCUUAUGAAAAUACCUCAUGGAGGGAGGGAGUGGUGGGCAAACAAGUGUAGAAGGUGUGUGUUUUUAUUAGUGUAAAAAUACGGUAAGCUCAUAAAAAAAAAUCAUUUAAAAAUUUGAUUAUGACCUCAGUUUUGGACUAAAAAUAGUGUUACCUGGUCAGACGAACCACCUCACUUGUUCAGUUUCUUUCCAGCUUUCAUUUUUGGUAAGGUGAUUGAUUGUCCCAAGGGAUACUCUUUUGGGGCCACGGGGGUUUUCUGACCUGUAUUACAAAUGGCUUCAGCUGUCGGACCCUGGGCAGCUUGGGGUGUACACCCCGAGGUGGCUCCAGGACUCAGCCUCAUUCUUGGAUAUAAGAGGUCCAAUUAUCUAGUCUCUCAUGUUUGUCCCAUGUGGUGCCUUCUGAUGCUGUUAGAAUGAGUUUGUUGCAGAACUAAACCCUGUAUGCAAACCACAUCCUGUGGCCUAGUGUAUGAUACAGAGAUUGAUAUUAAUGUACCGUGUAUGUUAAUGUGGAUCUACGGGCAGGAUACUUCUUUUCUAUGACAGGAAAUAUCCAGACUGUUUAGAACUGGCUAUGUUUUAAUAUGCCUCAUUGUGCUUUAUUGUGUGGUGCAACUAGUAUAUAGAGAAACUAUUAUACGAAUCAUGAAGAAGACAAAGGUCUAUUUGAUGGCAAUAAAACAAAGUACUUAUCUA